UUUCCUAACAUACAUGUAGAUGUUUUGGAAUUUUAACGUAUUUCUUCAUUGUUGACAUAUAUGACAAAAACAAUAAUAAGGUUAUAAAGUGGACUUGAAGAUACCUUCGUAUAUACCUUCAUACAUAAUAAUCAACAAUUUUUGAGGCAUUUUUUGUACAAAUCAAAAAUGGGUGUACCAAAGUUUUUCAGGUAUACCAGCGAGAGAUAUCCAUGCCUCAAUGAGCUGGUAAAACAAUAUCAGAUACCAGAUUUUGACAAUAUGUACCUGGACAUGAAUGGGAUCAUUCACAAUUGUUCACAUCCAGAUGAUUCAAAUCCGCAUUUCCGGAUCACUGAAGAGAAGAUAUUUAAGGAUAUAUUUCAUUAUAUAAGUAUACUGUUUCAAAUCAUAAAACCUAAGAAGUUGUUCUUCAUGGCCAUUGACGGUGUGGCACCUAGAGCUAAGAUGAAUCAACAAAGAGGCAGAAGAUUUAGGUCAGCAAGGGAAGCUGAGCAAUUGGAGGAAGAUGCAAAAUCAAAAGGUGAAGUUCUUCCUACUGAAAAGAGAUUUGAUAGCAACUGUAUAACACCUGGUACAGUGUUCAUGGCCCGUUUGCAUGAGCAGCUCAAAUAUUUUGUUAAGACCAAGAUGUCAUCUGACCCACUAUGGUCCAAAGUGAAAGUUAUUCUGUCAGGACAUGAGACGCCAGGAGAAGGAGAACAUAAAAUAAUGGACUACAUUCGCUGGGCUCGCUCCCAGUCAGACUAUGAUCCCAACACUAGGCACUGUCUGUAUGGUUUGGACGCUGAUCUUAUUAUGCUCGGGAUGUGCACACAUGAACCACAUUUCGCUCUACUGAGAGAGGAAGUGAAAUUCGGCAAAACAACGCAAAGAGCGACAAGCCCCGAAGAAACAAAUUUUUACUUAUUACACUUGUCGCUUUUACGAGAAUAUUUAGAGCAAGAGUUUGUUGGUAUUAAGGAUAAAUUACCCUUUGAAUAUGAUAUAGAGAAAAUAGUAGAUGACUGGGUACUCAUGGGAUUUUUGGUGGGAAACGAUUUUAUACCGAACCUACCGAAUAUGCAUAUAAGCAAUGACGCUAUGCCACUGUUGUAUAAAACUUAUAUGACUGUCUUGCCGACUUUGGACGGCUACAUAAAUGAAGCUGGAGAUUUGAAUUUAGCUAGAUUCGAGGUUUUCAUGCAAGAACUAGCUAAGAUAGAUAAGGAAAAGUUCCAAGACACAUAUGCUGAUCUUAAGUAUUUUGAAAUGAAAACUGGAAGGCGACCAAAUAUGUUGGAGAGGAAAGAGUAUAAACCAAACAACGACGACACAUUCAAUGUAAACAUUGACGACAUCAAAGCAAACAAGCCAGAUGAUGAAUUACAAGCACUUAUAAAUGCUACACAGGAAGUGUUUUUAGAUGAUAUAAUGGACAAUGACGAUGAAUAUGAAGAAACAAGUGAUGAGGAAGCAAACAUUGAAAUGGAGUUUAUACUUCACAAAAAGGACUACUAUAUGAAUAAAUUAGAUUAUUCUAAAGUCACUGAUGAAGUACUAGCGGACCAAGCGGAGGGUUACGUGCGCGCGAUACAAUGGAAUCUUUUCUACUACUACAAAGGUUGUCCAUCAUGGUGCUGGUACUAUCCACACCACUAUGCGCCAUACAUAUCCGAUAUCAAGGGCUUCAAAGAUCUCAAGAUUGAAUUUGAGCUGGGAGAACCGUUUAAACCGUUUGAACAGUUAUUAGCCGUACUCCCCGCGGCCAGUAAGCACCUACUCCCAACUCCGUUCCACGAUCUGAUGACAGAUGAAGACUCUCCCAUAGUACACUAUUAUCCAGUGAAUUUCGAAACUGAUCUCAACGGAAAGAAGAAUGAUUGGGAGGCUGUUGUACUUAUACCGUUUAUUGAUGAGACAAAUCUUCUGUCAGCCAUGGCGCCGUGUUAUCAGCGAUUGACUGAAGAAGAAUUAAAACGGAAUAUGCACGGACCCAUGAUGAUUUAUAACUGGUCACCAAUAAGUUUAGGUCCAGAAAAAGCACCGGAAUAUUUCCCGGAAAUAAAACACAACUACGCGUUAGAACAGGCCGUAUGGCGCGCGGAGCUAGAGGUGCCCGAGGACAGGCUGAAACGUGGCAUGUUGCCCAACGCACAACGGGAUCUGCUGUUCCCGGGAUUCCCCACUAUGCGGCACUUGAAGUAUGAGACGCAACUUAAAAAGUGUAAAGUGAAGGUGUUCGACCAGCCCUCACGUAACGAGAACAUGAUAGUCAAGAUACUACCCGAUGAGGACACAAACCCGCCGAUAGAGGAAGUUGCGAAAAAUCUACUGGGAAAAGUUAUAUGGGUCGGAUGGCCGCAUCUAACUAGAGCUAAAGUGGUGUCUGUAUCGAACGAGAAAUGCCGCUUGCACCACAUCGACAAACAAAACAGCGAAGUGCAGUAUACAACUGAGCCCAAUGUUGGCAAUAUGCACAAACAGUGGAUGUCGGAACGGUCUACUGUUAUUGAACACAACAUGAAUCGUUUGGGUAUCGCACUCGGCGAUGUACAUGUCAUCAUACACGCAACAAAUUUAAAAGGAUACAAAUACACGAUCCAAGACAACACAUCAAUGGUGUUAGAAGAGGAAUGGUGUGAGAUGCCGUGCGGUUACGCGCUCCAAGCAACAGUGGCUAACGCUAAGGCGACCAUGUUGAAGCCCCCCGCUAAGUUCCUGACCCCGGGGGAGGCCUAUCCUGCCGGGGAUAAACUUUUUUUACUGACUAUGGGACAGUAUUAUGGGUGUCUUGCUGUGGUGGGAGCAGAGGCGAUACGCAACGGGCGCAUCAAGGUGAUAGUCCGCGAGUGCGCGGAGCCGGUGGGCCGCCCGCACGCCGCCGCCUGCCCCUACCGGAACGCCAACCACGCGGCCGCUGCGUGCGGUAUUUCGACGCAAAUGCUGUCGCGGAUCACGGGCUCAGUGUUGGUGAUACUCGGCGUGAGGAAUGACUUGCCGACUGAGAAUCAGAACAAAAUCAAUAUUGGACUCAACUUGAAGUUUAACAAAAAGAACCAAGAGAUAUCGGGCUACACUCGGCGCUGCAAAGUGACGUCCAUGUGGCUAUACUCGCAGCGUUGUAUCGACCUCGUCAAGAACUACGCAAGGAAGUUCCCGGAACUAUUCGAUAGACUCGCGUUUAUAACCAACCACGAUGUGUUCUUCGAAGCCGAUAUAUGGCCGAAUGCUGUUGGGCAAGCGAAACCGCAAGAAAUCCAAAAGUGGCUAAAAUCUCAACCGCACAGCAGUGCAGCGAGACGGCAAUGUGGCUCCGAAGCGUUGGAGCCGGAGGAAAUGAAAGCAAUGUGGUCGGAUAUUAAUACGCAAUUGAAGGAAUUAAAAGCGCAAGAGAAAAAAGUUACGUUGUCUGUUAAGUGGAAUUUGCUGUAUAAGCCGGAACUGCACGAGGGUAACAUAUCCCCCGACCCAAAAGCAGACUUCAAGAUGUACGACCGUAUAGUGUGCGUUGCUCGUAAUAUCACCGUCCCGCUCGGGCUUAAGGGCACUAUAACCGCAGUAUAUCAGCCCACAGACAGCAAUACUGUCAGAUUAUCGGAUAAAAUGAACGCAACGCCCAGUUAUCAAGUGAUGUUCGAUGAACCGUUCACGGGGGCAAUGGCGGAGGAUCUGUUCGAAGAGCCACGGUUCUAUAGGAUGUUACCAACAAACAUGCUGAACAUAUCGUACGGGCGCAAACUCCGCAUCGCAACAAAGAUGGACGCCCACAUAGACACUAACACGUGGGGUGUAUCACACCCGCCCGCCAUACUGCGCAGGGACAACACACAUCACUCCGCGUUCGCUAGCUAUAGUCCCCCGAGAGAGUUGAAACCCGCCAACACUGACAAGAAUAAUGCAAACGUAGCCGUUAAAAACAACGCUAACAACACUAAAAGCGCUCCAUCAAAGGACGAUGCAACAAAUAUACUGCGAACUUUGUUGAAAAUAAGCGAAAAUGAAACGGAUCAAAGCAAGCAAAAUAAAAACAACCGUGAACAGAACGCAAAUUGGCGAAUCAAAAAUGAUAAACAACAAAGCAAUACGCCGCCCAAGGCACACUCACAACAAAAUUGGCGCCAACCGAGCGAGAAUCUGUACAGACCGCCGGCGUCUUACAACGAAUGGGCGAACAGUAACUAUCACAAGCCACCGCCGUCGUUCCCGUCGUACCCGCCGCCGCAACACGCGAACGUGGGUAACGUGAGAAACGUGGGUAACGUGGGUAACGUGAGAAACGUGGGUAACGUGGGCAAUGUGGGGAACGUGGGUAACGUGGGCAAUGUGGGGAACGUGGGUAACGUGGGCAAUGUGGGGAAUGUGGGUAACGUGGGUAAUGUGGGGAAUUUGGGUGGACCACCAUUCCCGCCGUUCCCAACUCACUUGCCGAGCGCUCACGCUACGCUAGCGCCCAGCUGGACACAACAACAAGUACAGAAUCCUCAGUUCCAACCGCCGGCGAAUCAAGCGCGAAGCAGUAACAACGUGACCAACCCGUUUGUACCGCUGCAAGUGCAAACUAGUCAGAGACGAGUAAACAAUGUCAGCCAACCUCCGAGGAAUAUGGAAGGGAUACCAGCUCCCAAAUCAACACUUCCCAAGCCGCAGCCAGUGUUGCCGCAGCCGCCACAAAAUCAACAACCAGUGACAAAACAACAAAACCAAAGGAGGAAGAAAAGAAUAGCAGCAAACCUGCCGUUCCAGGACUAAACUUUAUGCAAAUUACUUUACUGAAAAUAUUUUAUUUUUAUAAUCUAUUUUUCUGACAUAACACCCCGCGCCAAUAAAGAUUCCAAUUUUAAACAUCAUUUCGUCUCAUUUGCACACGUUGUAAAAAGCAUGGCGUUGUCUCACUCACAUUAAGACAAUUUAAAAUUUGCUUCGUUAUUGGCGCGGGUUUUUGAAAUUUAGUACAUAUAUUAAUACAAAGGUAUUAUAAGCAAAUAAGUGGUGAUAGCUUAUUAGUGUUCUAGGAGUGGCACGUCGAAAUGUGGCUAAUUACCCACAAUUUUCUUUAGCUGUCUCUGUUUCGCUCACCAUAAUUGAAUCAUGCCAUCUUACUUUGACAUAGUGAGCCGUUUUUGAAGAUCGAAUAUAUCUACACCUUUUAACUUAUAAUAUAUUUGUUUUAAUAGCAACACAUAUCAUUUGCAUUAUAAUUUUUAAAUUUAGACGUACGUAGUUUAUCGUAAUUAUGUUAGUUUGCAUAAAUUUAUUAUCUGUUGUAUUUUUCUAAAUCACAAAUUGACAAUCUGGUCUUUUGAUCUACUUUAAUCGUUAAGUCGGUAGAAUUAGUAAGAUUAAUGUUAUUAAAAAUGAAUGAUGCAAAUGGUGAUUAUUUAUAUACAUUUUGUAAAUAUUAUGAAAUGUUUGUAUUCAUUGUGAGCUGUUUUUGUGUGAAGAAUUUCAAAAAUAUGUUCCUGUUCUUAGUUUGAGAUUUAUUUAAGUGUGUUAAGAUUCUAAGUGUGACUAGUGUUGGUUUUUUUUAUUAUACCUUAUAAUAUAAACAAUACAGAUAACAAUAAUAAUAAUACCUUACAAUUCACCUUUGCAAGAGAUUAUAUAUAAAAAAACGAAAUACUUACAACUAACUAUAUAAUAUGAUUUGUCAUCAAAAAAAUAAAAUUGUAUGAAAAAAGAAAUGAAAAGAGCAUUUAUUUUUGAAAUCAAAUUAUUUUCUUCAAUCGAAUCAAAAAAAAAUACUUAAUAUAAGGAAUUUUUUUUAAUAAAUUGUAGGCUCUAUUUCUGUCUUUACUAAAGUACAAAUGGAUAGUAUAAUAGUUUUUAGUUCCUAUCUAAGUACAUACUAAGAUUCAUUUUUAAUAUGAAACAAUAAUAUUUACACUAAGCUUAAUUAUAAAUUCUUAAUUCGUUACAAUUUUGGACAAAGAUAACUUUUUUUUCUUUAUGUGAAUUGUACAUUCAUGGUCAAAUUGUUAUUAGUUACCUUAUAAUUUUUCAAAAAACUAUUUUAUGACUGUACCAACUUUAUUAUAGAAUACAAAGCUUAGAAUGUAGAAAUGAGGACAAAUACGUUGACAAUCUAAAGUAUGCAGUUUAUGAGCUAGCGCGCCAGAGCAACUUUUGUCUCCGCAACUAUUUUGUCUCUCCCAUCAACUCUAUGGGGAGUUGCGUCGCUACGUGCGCGCUUUUUCUUACUAGCCCAUAGAGGUGAUGGGAGAGACUAAAUAGUUGCGGAGACAAAAGUUGCUCUUGCGUGCUAGCUCUUAGAAUUAAGAAUUGAGUGUUUGUACAAGUUUUAUAAUUAUUGUGGUGUUAAAUAUAAACUUUUAAUAUUAUCUGCAUUUUGUGACGAUUAAAAUUUUUCCGUAUAACACGAAAAUAAGACUAAGAUCUCAUUGGGUUGUUACGAAUGUAAGUAUUAUUUUUUAUUUUAUUUUUUUCAUGUAUGUUUUCUCUCAAUAUAUGAAAAUAAUUUGAUAUAUUUAGCUCACCAAGUUUAUUGAUUAGAAAACU